AUGGCGCUGCCACGCGAGCAUUAUGUCCUGCCGCGACACAGUACGCUCGCCCAACUCCCCCCAGAGUAUGCGGUCAACGUACAGAAGCAGAUUGCGCAGCACUUGGCAACAUCGUCCAUGAACCGGCUUGUCAUGCUAGAUGACGACCCGACUGGAACGCAAACAUGCCAUGGCAUCUCUGUGCUAACAGUGUGGGACAUUCCAACAUUAGAAACGGAGUUUCGCAGCUUCUCAACUGGCUUCUUCAUCCUGACCAACUCGCGCGCUCUCCCUCCCGCUGAAGCCGAAAAUCUCAUUCGGAACAUCUGCGAAAAUGUGUCUGAAGCAGCAAAGUCCACAGGCCAGAAAGUUGACAUUGUCCUCCGCGGAGAUAGCACGCUUCGUGGCCAUUUCCCGCUCGAGACUGACGUGGCUCAGUCCGUCUUCGGAGCCGCUGAUGCAAUUGUCCUGGCUCCAUUUUUCUUCCAGGGCGGUCGUUUUACUAUUAAGGAUGUCCACUAUGUCGCUGAAGGAGAUAGUCUUGUUCCUGCGGGGAAGACACAGUUUGCUCGUGACGCUUCUUUUGGAUACCGCAGUUCCAACCUGCGUGACUACGUACUUGAGAAGGCGCCGGGUAGAUUUUUGUCUGACCAAUUACUCUCGGUGACCAUUGGGGAUCUUCGCCUUGGUGGACCGCGGGCUGUCUGUGAGAAAUUGGUAGCUGCGCCGGCUGGUGGUAUUGUUAUUGUCAAUGCAGCCGCCGAGUCUGAUAUGUAUGUGUUUGUGGCUGGGCUUUUAUUGGCGGAGUCAAAAGGGAAACAUUUCCUGUGCCGCACAGGUGCUGCCUUCGUCUCAGCAAGACUAGGCAUCCGGCCCAAGGCACCCAUCUCCGCCGCUGAGCUACAGUUACCCUCACAGCGGCUAACAGGCGGACUGGUGGUUGCUGGGUCAUAUGUGACCAAGACAACAAAACAACUGAAAGUACUAAUUGAUAAGCGGGGUGAAUCGGGUGCUGGCCAGCUGGCCGUAGUCCAGAUGAUGGUCAGCGACCUAAUCGGGGCGGCCGAGAGCGUGUCCCAAGUCAUUGCGCAUGUUGUUCAGGAGACGGAGUCCAAUCUGCGCGCGGGAAAGGAUACCCUAGUCAUGACGAGUCGAACGCUUGUCAAAGGCGAUGACGAGCUGUCGUCACUGAAGAUUGGAGCUGCCAUUGCGGACGCGUUGGUCAGUGUUAUACAGCGAAUUGAGGUGCGACCGCGAUAUAUUAUUGCGAAGGGAGGUAUCACUUCGUCUGACGCUGCAACCAAAGGCCUCAAUAUCAAGCGUGCGACAGUUGUAGGGCAGGCGGCUCCGGGUGUGCCGUUGUGGAGAUCUGAUGACUUAGAUUCGCGACAUCGUGGGAUACCAUUUGUGGUAUUUCCGGGUAAUGUGGGUGGCGAUUCAACGCUGCAUGAUUUGGUAGAGGCGUGGAGUUGA